CGUUUCAAUAAUGACGCAACGCUUUCUCACAAGACGCCCGUGCGCGGCUCGCUCGCGCCGGCCCGCGGGACCCGCGCCGUGUCGACGCACCUGGCGCGGCGCGCGACUCAUUGCUCCUCCACUCGUGGGACUCGUUGCGCGUGCCACGCGGGGUUAGGUUGGAUUAUUCGGUCGGCGCGCACUCCGCCAAUAACACAAGACGCUUGGGUGUGGUAUCUGUGCCGUGGGAGCGUCAGGUGGGACUGUGUUGCUGCUGCUUCGUGAAAGACCUGUGGUUUUCUCGUUGCGCGUCCAAACGGGCCUGAGUGGACGGAUCGACCGACGGACGGACGGACGAUAAGCGAACGGACAGACGGGGCUGAGAGAGUGUGCGGUUUUUCUCGAUUUUGUCUCCCUCUCGGCGUCUCUCGCAUGAAGAACGACGACGGCCUCACGCUGGCGAGUGAAAACAUGAAGAAGAGGAGCCUGUCCGGCAACGUCGGCGUCGGCCUCUUCCUGGUGGCGUUCCUCUGCGUAUGCGUCGCCUUCGGCACGCCCGCGUGGCUGGUGAGCGACCCCCGGAUCACCGGCGCGCAGUUGGACCGCCUCGGCCUAUGGAGGCACUGUUUCAGGUCGUUGCCGAACCCCGCCGAGUCCGACGCGCCCCGUCGCUUCUUCGUCGGCUGCAGAUGGAUCUACGACCCCUUCACCGCGGGCUACUCCGAGAUCCGCGGAUUCCUGCUGCCCGCGUUCAUGGUGGCCACCCAAGUGUUCUUCACGCUGUGCUUUCUCCUGGGUCUGAUAACGUUCUGCCUGAUACUGCUGUUCACUCUGUGCUGCGACCCCGAGCGUAAGAGAUACAUCGAGCUGAUCGCCAUCAUCGGUUGCCUGACGCUGGUGGGCGGCCUCAGCGGCGGCAUCGCCGUCAUCGUGUUCGCCAGCCUCGGCAACGGGGACGACUGGAUGCCCGGACACGCCAACAAUUAUCUAGGCUGGUCGUUCGCCCUGGGCGUAAUCGGCACCGUGCUGAUGCUGAUCGCGGGCGGCCUCUUCUUGGUGGAGGCGAACAUACAACGAAAGAAGCGGGACUAUCUGAAGGAGUCGCAGACACGGUUUCAGCUCGAGUCUCGCACCGCGUCGUGAGCGAGCGUGUGUUCAUUGACAGUCCAGUAGUACCAUAUUCCGUCCACGAGGUGCGAGAGCUCUCUCGCCGAGAUACUUUACAUAGAAUGUACAAAACCGGAUCUGCAUUAAUUUAAGGUCUAGUGUUAAAGCCGCGUGAGUUUCAUAUUUUUAUAUAUUUUAUAUAUAUAUAUAGGUAUAUAUAUAUAUAUAUAUAUAUAUGUAUGUGUGUAUAUCUCUCCUUCCUCCGAGGAGAGAAGACACCUUCUCAGAUCUAUAUCGCGUAAGACGAUUUUAUUGUACGAUAGUAUUGUCACUAACAGUAUACAUACAUUGUGCCUAUAUGUAUGUGUGUAUGCACAGGAUGCGCCGUCGUUACCAAACGAUCUUUCGGAUCCUUCGUCGUUUCCUUUCAGCCAGCCUUUCUCGAAUCUCCACUCAUGGACGGUUUCAUGCAGUCUGCAUCUGCUCCAAUGUCUCGGCAUCUAAUCGACGCGUCUCGCGACCAGGCAGAAAAUGUUUAUACAUAACCAUUCUUUUUCGGGGGGAAGUGACGUACAUUUCUGAUAAUAUAUUUACACAAAUAGCGUAAUUGAUGCUGCCAAAAACGGUUUGCGAAGCUGGCUGAAACGAAACACGACGUCGAAUCAUCAUACCUGAGACUCUCUUAUCAUUCGAAGAAUAUCAUACGUUCUCGACAUUUUCGUGUUGAGUCGCUCGUCCUCGAUUUGCCCGAGCGAUCUGGUCUUCCGACUUUAAAUCUCAUCCCGCGAAUCACCAUCGUCACGGAUCGAUCACGGAGCGUUCUGUGUUUACAUACGUUAGUGUUAAAUUUUACGCACCAAGAGAGACCAACGAUUAUCGCGCAACGUAGCCAUAUACAAUGUAACAAAAGUUAUACAUAAUCCCGAGGAAAGAGCUUGGCUUUGUCUACGAUGAAACCAUUUUAGAGAUUAAAGUGAACUUUAUAUUCCGUCCUCUCCUUGUCACUAAAUAAAACAUGCAACUCCA